AUUUACAUUAUAUUGUCAAAAGAAUUGGGACAGCCCUCCAAAACAUGUGAUUCAGGUGUUCCAAUCACCUGCAUGGCCACAGGUGUAUAAAAUCAUCACCUAGGCAUGCAGACUGCUUCUACAAAUAUUUUUGAAAGAAUGGGUCAUUCUCAGGAGCUCAGUGACUCCAAGCGUGGUCCCGUGAUAGCGUAGUACCGUGAUAGGUUGUCACCUGUGCAAGAAGUCCAUCCGUGACAUUUCCUGGCUACUAAAUAUUCUACGGUCAACUGUUAGUGGUAUUAUAACAAAGUGGAAGCAACUGGGAACAACAGCAACUUAGCCACGAAUUGAUAAGCAGCGUAAAAUAAGAGUGGGGUCAGCACAUGCUGAAGCGCACAAUGUGCAGAAGUCGCCAACUGUCUGCAGAGUCAAUAGCUAAACACCUCCAACCUUCAUGUGGCCUUCAGAUUAGCACAACAACAGUGCAUAGAGAGCUUCAUGGAAUGGGUUUCCAUGGUCGAUCAUCUGCAUCCAAACCUUACAUCACCAAGUGCAAUGCAAAGCAUCGGAUGAUGUGGUGUAAAGCACGCCGCCACUGGACUCUAGAGCAGUGGAGAUGUGUUCUCUGGAGUGACCAAUCACGCUUCUCUGUCUGGCAAUCCGAUGGACGUGUGUGGGUUUGGUGCUUGCCAGUAGAAUGGUACUUGCCUGACUGCAUUGUGCCAAGUGUAAAG